UUAUUCCUUCCAUAUCUCAGAAAAUGGGAAAAUAAAAAAACUAUUAAAAAGUGCGUGUCAGAUUUACGAAUUUAAUCUUUAGAAAUUAGAAUGUCAAUUGUGCAAAGCCAGUUAUUUAGGGUGUCAAAAAUACAAAUUUCUCCUCCCGAACACCCUACUCGUUCUCCCCCAUCGGCGCCGCUACGACCAGCGUUUGAGCCACUCGCCGCCGCGCACGAUCCUCCACGCCUUGCUCCAGUCCUCGUCGGCACGCCUCCUUCCCAACCCUAACCCUAGCACUAGCAGUCAGUCGAGCGGCGGCAAGUCAAGGGUCUGUCGAGCGGGCCGGCGGCGAAGAAGUGUCUAGCGAGGCGAGUCAGGUGCAGGGGGACCCACCCGCAGCGGUGGCGUGAAGCGCGUUUGACUGGAUCGACCAGGUUGGCGGCUAAACAGAGGAGGUUGCUUGUUUGUUUUCUCCGUCCGGCUGCGGUUUUCCUUUGACUGGAUCGAUCAGAUUUGCCGGCGGCGGCAGCGGUCCCCCGGCAAAGGCGUGGGGAUCCCUGCCGGGAUGGAGGUGCCGUGGCUGCUGCUGGUGCACGGGUCAGUGACGGCGCUGGUGGUGGUGUCGUUCCUCUGCGGGCAAUGGCCCAUCUUCGAGGGCACCUUCAUCCAGAGCAUCAACCACUUCCUCACCUUUGGGGCCUACCACUACCUCCUGCGGUUUGUGCAGUCUGUGUGCGGCACUGGGGCUAGGGAUCUCGUCCUCGGUGUCGAGGGAUACUGCUGCGACCGACCCAACCCGAUAUUGCAGGUAUUUUAUGUUGCCAUAAUUGGAGUGACAUAUUUUAUAAUAGUGCAGACAUCUUUCCAGUAUAUUCCUGGGUAUUAUGUGAGUGGAUUGCACAGAUAUCUGAGUGUUGUGGCUGUUUCUGUUGGUGCUAUACUCUUCGUGCUUACUAGCUUUUCUGAUCCUGGGACUGUUACUGCUGAAAAUGUUUCUCAAUACGUAUCUUCCUACCCAUAUGACAACAUUAUUUUUGUGGAGAAAGAAUGUUCAACUUGCAAGAUUACUAGGCCAGCCAGGGCAAAGCACUGUAGAAUAUGUGACAAGUGUGUUGCUCGAUUCGAUCACCAUUGUGGAUGGAUGAAUAAUUGCAUUGGGGAGAAAAAUAUUCGGUAUUUUGUGGCCUUUUUAGUUUGGCAUUUCCUUAUAUGUCUGUACGGGGCUUUAAUCCUUGGCUUCAUUCUUGCUGGUGAAAUAAAAGAGCGGAAAAUUAUAUACAUUCUGACAGUUUAUUAUGGCAUCGAUAAUUCAUUCUCGGGCUUGUUUCCACAUGUUGCACAGUGGUUGCUUGCUGUGCAUAACACUCAGAUACUCUUGAGUGUAUUUUUGGCUAUAUUAGCACUGCUCCUUGGUGGCUUUUGUGCUUACCAUGCACAUCUUUGUUUGACAAAUACAACAACCAACGAGGUGAGACUUAGUGAUCUUGAGCCUUUGAAAGACAUUCAAAUGGCAAGACUACAUCAUGUGGAUGAAAAAGGAAAAUGAAGCAAAGGCGGACGCUGCCACGCUCAGAUCCAGCAUAGGCUCGGCCAAUAGUGAUGCACAGAAAGCUCCUCCAAGCAAAUGGAGGACGUUCUUCAUGAGAUCCCGCACACCAAGCAUGGAACCAGUUGUGAGAAACAACAUAUAUGACAGAGGCAUGAUUACAAACCUGUGCGAGGUGGUCGUCCCUUUAUCAGAACGGAAGGCAUUUUCCCGCAUGAAAUCAGAUUGAUGUCUUUUGUUGCAGUUGCUUUGUCACCAAACUGUUGUUGUAUAUCAGUGUAGAAUUUGCGACACAUUUUUUUUGGUCAUACCAUAGAGGCAUAGGGGAAAAUAUUCAGGAUAAUCGUGUUCAGUACCUACGACCUAUUUAUUAUAGGUGAAAGGUUUUGAAGUUGCAUUUGCCUUUGCAAUACGCCGAUGUCACUAUUCUGUUUUUAGAACAUGAUUCUGAAAUGGCACUAAAUAUGAAACUCA